AUGUCUUCACUUACAGUUCAUUCAGCGGCCCAGAAAAGCGCGUAUAAUCCCCAAACCUACUUUGAUUUUCAAUUUGGACUUACCGCCCGUCUGUUCAUCGACUGGCAUCCAGACCAGUUACCGCUGCUUCGCAGUCUGCUCGCCGAGGAUCCAAAGCUUGUAAACUCAGUAGAUGCGGAUGGCCGGACACCUCUUCAUUGGGCAGCGUCUUCCGGUUCUGCUGAACUCGUGCAAUUUCUUAUCGAUCAGAAAGCAGAAGUUGACAAGGUGGAUGGCUCUGGAUGGAGUCCGUUGCAUAUUGCCGGCAAGUUACAUGCAUCCUUCUCGUUUCGUCUCCCCCUGAUCUGCAUGUGCCACAUCCUAGUUAGUGCAGGAAACCUUGGUGUUGUCCAAGAAUUAAUCGGAGCUGGAGCAGACGUAAACAGAAAGAAUGACAAUGGAUUGACCCCGCUACAUUACGCAGCCUCUAAAUCUCGCAUAGAUAUUGGCAGGCUCCUGAUUUCGAGGGGCGCAGACGGCUGGAAAUACUUCCUCCAUCUUUUUAGACAUCGGGCUGCCACCACCGGUUCUGUGGGAUUUAUUCGUCUUCUUAUUGAAUCGUCGACCCCGUCCAACAAGCUGCGCCUAAAUACGGCUGAUCGAAUUGGAAAUACCCCUUUGCAUCUUGCCAUGGACUCGGCUCAUGCAGAAGCAGCUGUAGUUCUUAUCAACGCAGGUGCAGAUCGAACACGCGAAAACCUGGAUGAAGAGACUCCUGAAGCUAUGGAAGGUGUCGGAGGCUCCGAACAGAGAAAGGCGCGACAAUAUGUCAUCGAUUCAUGUGGAAAGCCGUAA